AUCAUUAUCACCUUUUGUAGAUAUAUGAGCUUCUCAUUCCUAUCCAUGCAUUGGUAUGCAACAUUUUCCACCCGCACCCAGAAUGGACAUUCGUUCACAUAGAGGUGGUAGAGAAACGAGUCCAGACCGUGCCAAAAUAUGUAGAAUGAAGCCGAAAGUGAAAGCCAUAAGAAAAGUACAAGUCGUUUAUUACCUCUCACGAAAUGGCCUAUUGGAACAUCCACAUUUCAUGGAAGUUACUCUUUCUCCCAAUCAACCUCUCCGCUUGAAAGAUGUAUUUGAUAGGCUCAUGGCUCUGAGAGGAAACGGCAUGCCUUCUCAAUAUUCAUGGUCUACUAAAAGGAACUAUAAGAGUGGAUAUGUGUGGCAUGAUUUGACGCUGAAGGAUAUUAUACAUCCAUCAGAAGGUGGAGCUGAGUAUGUACUGAAAGGAUCUGAGCUUGUAGAGGGAUUUCAACAACUGAAUUUGAGCGAGAAGCAAGCGCUUCAGCAACAGCCAGAACAGAAUUUUACUAGCUAUAACAAUUCGAAGAGCAAGGUUGCAUUGAGUGGAAGACACCAAGUGAAGUUAGAGAGUGAAGUUCAUCAAUAUGAAGAAUACGAAGAGGAGUUGUUAGAGAAAGAGUAUGAUCAUUUAGACGGAGAGAAGACGAGCUAUACAAGUUCAACAACGACGCCGCAUUCUCGUUGUUCGAGAGGUGUAUCAACGGAGGAAUUAGAUGAGGUAGUUAAUGCUAAUUCCCAUACUACCCCGCCACCUCCGAAUGUAAAUUCCGCUGCUACCCUUGCGGAGAAACUGAAACAGAGAGAUGAGAGGAGGGUUAACAAUGUGAUGACAACUAGUUACCCGAAACGGUUAGGAAAUGAGUCGCUGACGUCAGCGCCAGUGCCACCACAAAGUCGUUAUUCUGUUUUGCUGCAGCUGAUAGCAUGUGGAAGUUCUGGUGCGGAGAUGAAAGCGAAGCAGAAUGGAGGAGAGUCCCGGUUGAGCAAUGUGGGGACCAGUAAGAGGAGGGAGAGUGUUGAUGAGGAGGAGAAAUUGUAUUCAUCUGGCGAUCAUCGUCGUCAUCGUGAUGAUGAUGACGAUGAGAUAUGCGUAUCGGAGAAUCCGAGGUUGUUAGGGAAUUUGCAAUCGGAGGAAAAGGAAUACUUCAGUGGGAGUAUUGUGGAAUCCAUGAAAGCGAACCGGGUCGCUUUCCAGGGUGAACCUGUGCUCAAGAAAUCCAAUUCAUAUAAUGAAGAAAGGAGAAGUAGACUAGGAAUGGACGAAGUGAAACCGAAGGAAACUACAAAAGAUGACAAGAGAGAAGCAAAAGUAGGAGUGAGAGAGAAAUGCAUACCGCUUAUAAAAUCUUCUAAAGAGAGUAGGAAAUGAUGGAGAUCUGGUCACGUGAAUUUGUCUAUCCUAAUUCCUGGUUCAUGAAAUUAAUUAGGUAGACUUGUAAUGAAUACUACUAACUAGUAGUUAGAUGUUAUUCUAUGCUUGAUUAGUUUGUUUUCACUUCCUGAUUUGAUCUUGUUAGUUUCUUGGCUUAAUUUACAAAGUUAAUUGUGCAUUUGAGGCCUUGCAUGAUUAAGCAUAUAAAUGUUUGGAUUGAUUUUCCAUUUGAAUUUUGUUGUUAACUCUUCAAUGGGUAACUUCGACUUUAUCACGGGUGACACUGGAUUUUUCAUAUGAUGUAAAUUUUCCUCCUCUAU